UGCAACUAUUCCAAGACAGGAACUUCACAGACGAGUAGAGGGAACCACAACGACGACCCAACACAAGGGCCAGGAGCCUCUAUGUGGACAUCAUGGAGUUUGUGCAAUUUGGGACGGAGGAUGAUGAUGAUGACGCAGCGAUUCAGUACAUGAUUGAACAGAGUCUGCUGGAGAGCAACAAGCAGAAGGAAACUCACAGGGACGCCACAACACGAGACGACCGGAGCUCCAGGCUGGAGUUCACAGACAGCAGUGCAAUCUUCACUGCUAUAAGACAAGGUAAUGAGAAGCUCUUGAAGAAUCUUGGCGUCCGACAGAAAGACAAGUUUUCACAGACGGACAGCCGAGGCUGGACUCCUCUCCAUGAAGCAGCAGCUCAGAGCAACCAGACCAUCCUGGAGCUCACAUACACAGUCUCAGGUCCAGGCUCUGUGGAGAGUCGUACUCUCCUUGGUCAGACUCCUCUCUUCCUGGCAGUAGAAGGAGGUCUAAUAGAAAACGCCUCCUUCCUCCUUCAACAUGGAGCCCAGCCGGACAGCCAGGACCAGGAGCAGGACUCACCGCUGCUUAUAGCGAUCCGCUCAGACCACACUGACCUGAUGAAGCUGCUGCUCCAGCAGGGCUCCAAGGUCAACCAGCAGGGCCUCCACGGUCGCCAUCCCCUCCAUGAGGCCUCGCGGUUGGGAAAAACAGAGAUGGUGACUCUGCUGCUGCAGGCCGGAGCACAGCCGGACCCUGCCAGCCACUACGGUCUCACGCCGCUAGCCCUGGCCGCUCAGGCAGGACACCUGGAGGUGGUGGAGACUCUACUGAAGACAGGGGCGGACGUCCUGUCCCAGGCGGAGGAUGAGGCCUCCAUCUUGUACGAGGCGGCUUCGUCUGGAGAUCCAGCUGUCAUCAGUCUGCUGCUGGAAUACGGCGCCGACGCUAACGUGGCCAAACACACAGGACACCUGCCGAUCCACCGCGUCGCACACCGAGGACACCUACAAGCUCUAAAGCUGCUGAUUUCAGUCACUUCUAUGGUAGAAGUCGACGACAGCGGGAUAAGUCCUCUACACACUGCUGCUGCAGGAGGACAUGCACACUGCAUCAAGGCCUUGCUGGAUGCAGGUUAUGACCCCAACUUCAUGCUCCAUCGGUGGGUUCAGCGUAGCUUUGAUGACGAGAGGAAGUCGGCGCUCUUCUUCGCGGUCUUGAAUAACGACCUGCCGUCAGCCAAACUGCUGCUGGAGGCCGGGGCCAUGGCCAACCAGGACCCAAUCAAAUGUCUGCAGAUUGCACUGCGUGUGGGCAACUAUGAGUUGAUUAACCUGUUGCUGAGGUUUGGAGCCAACGUCAACUAUUACUGCAAAAUAAACACAACACACUUCCCAUCAGCCCUGCAGUACGCUCUCAAAGACGAGGUGGUUCUCAGGAUGCUGUGUAACUAUGGUUACGAUGUGGGGCGCUGCUUUGACUGUCCCUAUGGCAACGGCUCCCACGUCCCUGAAGACUACGAGGGAUGGAGCGACUCCGUUAUCAAAGACACCAUGUUCUGUGAGGUGAUCACCGUCUGCUCGCUGAAGGAGCUCUCAGGUCACCUGGUUCGCAUCAUGUUGGACUACAUGGAUCAUGUGACCUUGUGCUCCAAACUGAAGGCGGCUGUGAUGGAGCAGCAGCAGUGGCCCGACAUCUGCAGGCUUCAAGAGAACGCUCGCUGUCUGCAGCAUCUCUGUCGUCUGCGGAUCCGUCGUUGUCUCGGUCGACUUCGUCUCCGAGCGCCCGUCUUCAUGAGCUUCCUGCCGUUGCCGGGGCGACUGAAGGACUACAUCCUGUACCGGGAGUACGACCUGUACGGCCGGCAAAGCAGCACCCCGGGGUGACGCAGCAAGACUGAACCCAAAGAAAGAGAUCUCUACUACUGUACCAGCUGUUGAUAUUCUUGGCUCCCACCGGAUGAAUCCUAUUGACUCUGGUGACUCGACUCUGAUGUUCCUCAUCAGGACAUAAUUCACACUUUGUAUGCAAGAAAUAUCCAAAUAGUUAAAAACAAGACUAAGAUAAUGUCAGAAGUGUGUUUUGUUUCAGGUUGUUGUGGACUUCUUCCACUAUUACGUUUUUGAAAUAACACUGGAAACAUGAUUAUUAUGACUAGACAUGGCUUUAUAUCAGGUGAAGUGUGCCAGUUGGGCACAUUAUGUAUUUGGUAAAGUUCAUACAAUAAUUACCUCCUUUAAGGCUAUUUAUUUAUGGAAUUCAUUAGAAACUCAAAAGUUUUGAUUAAAAUCUCCAAAGAAUAAAAAUAUAAUAAUUUAAAAGAGAAUAUAAAAAAAAAUUGAAAUUAAAAAAAUGACCCCAAAAGCACUGUAGCCAAGGUGCAAAUACGAUCUAUUAUAAAGUAUGAGCUCUCUAUCAAUGAGGACUAUAGAGUAGGGUCAGUUAGUAGUAAUAAUACGGCAAUUACAUGGUAUUUUUUUAAAUUAGUAUGGAGAGCACAAUAACCAUAUAUUUAUUUAUUGUGACAUACAAAAACUAUUUAUAUAAAUCCAGUAUAUAUGGAAAUAAUAUUAUAUAUAAAUAUAUAUGGAAAUAGUAUUCACUUACUUUCACCUCUUCUGAAACCAAACUUGCUCUGAUCUACAAGUUUUAUAAUGAAUCAUCAUUUAAUGUUUCCUUUUCUCGCCUCUUGGACUUUACUGAUUUAAUUCACUGUACAAAGCUGGAUUAAAUUUAAAAGAAGAGUCGAUACUGAAGUUUACCGAGCAGCUGAGGAGCUUCAUAUCUGGUAAAACAGCCUCCACAGGUGGUUAAUGAUGAUUUCCUGUAAUCACAAUACAUUGAAAGCAUUUCCACAUAAAACAAACGAGUCACACUGAAGUCACAGAUUUUAUUUCAACGCCUGCAGAAAGAUUUUCAAACGCCUGUUUUUGAGAGAAAAAAAACUUGAAAGAUUGAAUACAAUAUUAAAUGAUUCAGAGAGAAUAUUUUGUACAUUUCACACACAGAUCUGAUCUGGACUCUGCUGCGAGUCUUUACACAACAACAGAUGUGGACGCACAGCAGGAGGUCGCAGAGGUCGUGUUUAAUAAGCACACGACCGCGGUUCAACCCCUCCACCUGCUGUGUUGAAUCCCUCGAUGUGGAGAUUUUUAAUAUGCAGACUUCUACUGGAGCUUUGAAUGAGAGGCUCUAACAUCUUUGUCCCACAGGAGUCCUGAUUGUCUGAUGAACAUAAAGAAAUGAAGCUGCUGAUGUUCUUAUUAAAAAGCUUAAAGACCUCU